UGGACACAAUCAACAAGUCUCUCUCAAAAAUAACAAUAAUUAAAAUAUAAAUAAAUAUAAUAUUUACAUCUAAUAGCAAUGUUUAAAUAUUUUAAUUUACAAUACCUAUAUCAGUUUAUUUUUUAACAACUAAAAAUACUAUCAAUUAGUUUAACAAAAAAAGUUAUUAAUUAUGGAAACUUCAGCUGAUUAUACUUACAAUGAUAUUCUGAAUGAUGAACGUUACAAAAAAUUAGAAAGACAUUUGAAAAAAAUAGUUAUGAGAAAUUCAGAAAUACCGGAUCAACGUAAAAUUGAUACUCCAGAUUAUGAUAUGUGUUUAUCAAGUAUACAUGGUGAUCAAAUGGACACAAGUUAUGCAGGAUCAUCAUCAAUAUCUCAUAAACUUGGAAGUGAAGUAAUUGCCUCAAGUAGUAAUAUAAAAAAUUUUCAACAAAAAAGAUUAAAAAAUAAUUAUCCAUCUUCAUUAAAAACAACAGUAAUUAAUCAAAUUGAACCAAGUGAAUGUGAAUUAAUGCCACCACCAAAAUCAGUUAAUGUAUUAGCUCAUUCAUCACGUAAAAAUUCACCAGUAAAAUCAAAAAACACAAUAAGCUCAAAUGUAAAUAUUAUUCCACAAAAUACAAUAAAUGUAUCACCAAAAAAACCAACUUUACCACCACAAAUUGAAAUGAAAAAGCCACAUGUUAAAAAUCAUAACAAGUCAAUAAAUAAUUUAGAACCAGAUAGAAUAUUUACAAAAUGGAAAGUAAUAUUAAAUGACCAAGGACAAUUAGUAAUAAAAGGUACAUUAGAAUGUGGUAAAAUUGCAAAAAGUAAACCAGUACUACAAAGAUUAACAUCAAAUAUUGUUAAAAGUAUAUUUAAAAAUAUAUAUUUAUUAAAAGGAAUAAUAUAUGAUGAAAAAAAUGAAUUACCAGAAUUUAUACGUGGUAAAUUUUACAAUGGUUUUCCAGAUGAUUGGGAAAAUGUACAUCAAUUAUGGAAAAAUUAUAAUGCUAGUCGUCAUUUAAAUCGUACAUUUCGUUGGCCAACACCAGUAUCUGAUACUGAUGAUGAUAUUACAAGUGAAAUAACUGAUGUUACAGAAUAUCAAUCAGCUGUAUUUAAUAAUGACAAUAAUAAAAAAUACAAUGAUGAUGAUGAUGAUAAAAACGUAACAGCUGAAAGUAUCAUUGAAACAUCAGAGACAAUUAAACAAACAUCUUUACAAAAUGAUAAUAAACCAAUGAAUCAGAGUAAAUGUUGUUGUUGUUGUUCUGCAAAAUCAGUUAGUCCUCAUGACACAUCAUCACCAAUGAAUAUUAAAAAAAAUGAUCAUAAUAAUACAAUUGAUAAUUUUAUGGAAACAUUAAAAGAUGUUAAUCGUAAAAAUUCACCGAAAAAAAGUAAUACUUGUCUGACUGAUAUUAUUCGUGAAGAUGGAUUAACAAAAAUAUUAGAAAAUUUAUCACGUGAAAAUUAUUCCAUUGAGUAUAUUGAUAAAAUAAUACAAAUGUUUGAUGCAUUAAAGUUUUUUGUUUCUCAUCAACAGUCUGAUGAUAAUGGUGCAAAACAAAAUCAGCAUGAUGAUAAAACUAAACAAUUAGAAAAUAUUAAAAAUUCAAGUUUUGUUGAUAAUGAUGAUGAUAGUAAAUUAUAUUGUAUAAUUAAAAAAUCAGUUGAUAAACAAAAAAAUCAUUAUGAAAGUUCAGAUUCAACUAAGGAUAGUUCAUCAGAUGAUAAUCGAAAAGAUAAACAAUUAAAUAAAUAUUUACAAAGUCGUAAAUUAUCAAGAAGAGUUCGAUAUUCAAUGAGAAAAAAUAUUCAUAAUAUUCAGAGUAAUAGAAAUAAAUUAUAUCAUUUAUCACAUCAAGGUAAAUUUAUUCAGCAAAAAAAAUUAACAAAAGAUUCAUCAUUUACUGAAAGUUACAAGAAUUUUACUAAAAGUCAAGAAAAAAAAUCAUCAAGGUAUAUUGAUACAGAUGUUAGUAUCACUGAAGAUGAAAAAAAAAGUCAAGGUGAUUAUAACAACAGCUAUGAAGAAAAUAGAUUUAUUAAUAAACAAAAAUCUUCAUCAAUUAAUAUGGUAAAAAAUCAAUCAAGCAAGAUACAUUAUUUAAAUACUUGUGGAAAUAAAAAUAACAAUUCAAGUUCUUCUUUUAUUGAUCAAGAAUUUGAAAAGGUUUGUCAUCAGAAUAAUAUUGAUGAAAUACAUUCACAUUCACAUGAUUCUAAUCAAAAAAAUAUAAAAACUAAACAAAUUGUUGAACGUCAUAUGGAAAAUAUAAAAUCAAUUGAAAAUAAUUCAUCGGAAAUGAUUAAUCAACAAAAACUAGUCGAUAAAAUACCAGUAAUUUUAGAUAAUGAUAAAGAAAAUUGUUUAAAAAAUAAUUUUUCUCAUCAAAAGAAAGGAUCAGAAGAAAUAAAAAAUAUGAAAAAACCAGCUAUCGUUGAUGUUCAAGAUAGUCCAAUGAAUUUAAAAAUAUUAACAACAAAAAAUUUACCAGUUAAUAUUAACGAUAAAAUAAUUUUAAAUAAAACAACAAAAAAUUUAAUAAUUGCAAAAGAAAAUAAUAAUCCAAAAAUACAAGAGACAACAGUAAAAAAUAAUAAAGAUAAUAUAAAUUUAUCAAAUAAUGAAAAUAAAAAAUUUGGAUCACAAUUAAAUCCUAAAAAAUUAAAUAACUGGAUACCAAAAUUACAAAAAAAAAAUGAUGGUACAUAUGGUUUAAUAUUUGAGGGUAAAUUAUUAAAUGAAGUUAAUCAUAUUGUUAAUAGAAAAUUUACAACUGAAUUAUUAUAUAAAAGAAUAAAUCGUAUAUUAAUUGUAACAAUUGAUAAUAAUUAUUAUGAACUUGUUGGUGAAUUUAAUAAUACAAAACAUCAAAUACCAAAAUCAAUACAAAAAUAUUUUCUUCGUGGUUGUCCACGUAUUGUAUCAAAAAUAUGUGAAAAAUGGAUAACAGAACAACAAAUAACAAAUGAUACAAAUAUUGAUAUUAAAAAUCCACCAAAAUCAUCAAGUGGACGUAUUAUUUAUCCACAAUUAUCAUACUGGCAAGGACAAAAAUUAAGUGUCAUUGAUAAUAAACCAGUUUAUAGUCCAGGUCAUUCACAAGAAUCAUCAUUUGAUAAUUCUAAAAAAGAUAAUUCACAAAAUUCAACAAAAUCCCGUGAUACCAGUUCUAAAGAUUCAUCAUUUCCUGGACAAAAUAAUAAUGAUAAAAUAAUGAAAAAAAAAUUAUCUGAAUCAAAAGAUAAAAUAAUUGAUACAAAUAUAGAAUUAAAUGAACCAAGAAGAGUUACAAGAUUAAUGAAAAGAAGACGUGUUCAUGACGCAAAAACAAAAAAUGCUGAUACAAGUGAAGAUGAUGAAACAGUUGAUAGAAAAAAAAAAAAAAUAUCCACUAGACAGAUGGAAAAUAAAUCAGUUGAAGUUCAAAAAAAUGUUGAUGUUACUGAGCCAAUAAUUUUAAAUCAAUCGAAAAAUUUUAAUGAUAUUAAAAUUACUUAUUCAUAUAAAAAAAAUGUGCCUUAUAAUAAUGAUUUAUCUGAUGAUGAGACAUCCAUAAUUAACUACAAACAAAAAGCAUAAAUAUGUCUUGAAAUUAACGCAUAAAAUGAUGAUUAAUUAUUUACAUAUUAUGCAAGACUCAGGUAACAUUAUCAUGAUUACUAGGAGUUCACUACUCUGCUAAUUAUCAGAAUUAAAAAAAUCAGUUUACAAUGCUUUUUAUCAUGUCCAAUAAGUCAAGGCUAAUGAAUUUUAAAUUACUGAAUAUUGAAAAAAUUUUAAACACGUUAAAAUGUA